AUGGCGAGGUUAAAUACAGGGAAGGUGCGACCUGUGGUAGCAGAGAAGUCCAAGCGGCAGACAUCAGUUAUAAAUAUUCCAGCGCCCUCAAAUGAUCUCGUAAGUGCUUAUGGAGAGUCUGUCAGAGUUUCUACAAAGAAAAGUGAGCCGAGAAAGCAGAGGAGCCUGAACCACUUGAGAGAAGGCAAUGAUACUGAUCCGAGGCCACUAUCUCUUGAAAUACAAACAAGCGGCGGGGACAUACAGGCUUUAAAGGAGGUAUCCGAUGGAAUCUUGGGAGAAAGCGAAUCAUUCAUUAGAUCUAGCCCAAGAAAGCUCGCGAAAGCUCCGGUCGAUUACUCCAAAUUUGUCAUUGAGGUCGCUGAUGAUGAAUCAUCCUUAACUGAGAACGAGGACACAUACACGGAUCUCUCGGGCUUUAUCGUCUCUGACUCGGACAGCACCGCGGACGAAUCUGACAGCCACGAGCUCCAUGCGGGGCGGUGGCAUCCACCGAAGAAAAUAUUUUCUUCGCGAAGCUUGCCUUCACUUACGCCACCAAAAGAUCCUCCCCUUUUGGAGAAGACUCAUAAGCUUCCCAGUGCCAAGUUUGACGAACAAGAGCCUAGUCAGACGGAUGAUUCGCCCACCGAUGACUUACAAUCAGUCAUUGUGUUAAGGCGACUCCAAUCACCUUCUAAGCAGCUACGGAUUCCACCAAUGCCGCAUAGACCGAGUAUUGAUGCUUUCUGGAGCCAAGACGUUAUCAAUGACUGGAACGACCAGUAUUCGCCAAAGAAGACACCAAAAUCACGCUGUCGAAAGCCACUAAUCCUCGAUGACUAUUCUGUUUCGAAGGCUCCACCUUCCGGCCCUUCGUCCAAAAGCCCCACGAAAAGCGCAGCCAAGAAGGACAAGGCCUCUCUUGCGAAACACAGGGCUUUUAAUGAACGAAAGCACGACAUGGCUACAUGCUUCCUGACGGAGGUAGAUCAGAUCAUCAGUAACAGUCAGGUUACACAGAUGUCAGAGUCGACUGGUGGCAUCAAGAUCAUCUGGUCGAAGAAGUUGACGUCGACAGCCGGUCGAGCAAAUUGGCGGCGAGAGGCAAUAAGGCAUAAGCAUACUGACGGCACAACCUCAGAAACCACUCAUAGACACCAUGCCUCUAUUGAGUUGGCAGAGAAGGUUAUCGACGAUGAGGAGAGACUUACCAACGUCUUGGCUCAUGAGUAUUGCCACCUUGCUAAUUUUAUGAUUAGCGGGGUGAAAGAUAAUCCGCAUGGUAAAGAAUUCAAGCAAUGGGCAGCCAGGUGUACGAAAGCAUUCCAAGACCGUGGUGUGCAGGUAAACACUAAGCACAGCUAUGAGAUUUCGUAUAAGUAUAUCUGGAGCUGUUCGAAUUUGGAAUGUGGCACCGAGUAUAAACGCCACAGUAAGAGUAUUGACCCUGCCAAGCAUUCUUGUGGAGCAUGUAAGGGGAAGUUGAUGCAAAUUCGCCCUGUGCCGAGAAAGGGUGCCGCAGAAGGAAAGCGGAGCGAGUACCAAGACUUCGUGAAGAGGGAGCAUGAAAGGACCAAGAAGGCGAAUCCUGGGGCAAGUUUUGGUGAAAUAAUGGCUAUACUCGGUCGAGAAUUUCGAAAGAGGAAGAUGAGCGGCGCUGAAGCGAUGAAGGUUUUGCCCACGAAAGAUGCUGUCGAUAAUAUGAUGAAUGAGCUCAAACACUUGGAGCUUGGUGAUUGA